AUGUCGCAACCGAAGCCCUCCUCGAGUGAAGAGGUGAAAGCUCCCACCCUGGAUCACAUUGAAGCCAGAGGGGUCGAUGAGCUGCAGCCGAGCGAGAAGAUCGACGAUGCCCGAGGCCAGGCCAUCACCGGCUAUGAAAGCCUGAGCGUUUUUGAAACCGUCAAAACCUUCAAGAUGGCUACUUUCAUUUGCUUCCUGGCCGCUUUCAGCGCUGCAACUGAUGGAUACCAGAUUGGCAUGAACGGUAGUAUAGUUGCCAACAAGGGCUUCAUACAGCAAUUCGCGACCGAGGUCAACGCCAAGGGCGACCUUUAUCUUGCAUCACCCGUUCUCGUUGGCUGGAGUUCCAUCAUGUCUGUUGGCCAGAUCAUUGGGAUGACGACCUUGCCUUUCCUCGCCGGUCGGUAUGGACGCAAAGUGUCCAUGUAUACGUAUUGGUUGAUCAUCACCGCCAGUGUUAUUACCGAGUCGCUCGCGCGUAGUUGGCCUCACUGGCUGGUUGCUAAACUUUUAGCUGGUGUUGGCGUUGGCUGCCUGCAGUUCACAAUCCCAUCCUAUAUCUCAGAGGUUGCUCCCAAUCGUAUCCGGGGCAGUCUUCUCAUGUGCUACAGUCUCUGGUGGACGGCUGGUUCUUUUUUUGCCUACAUUGCACUGCAGACUAUGGCACGAAAGGAUCCCUAUAACUGGCUUAGGCCAGUGCUCACUCAAUGGGCCCAAGUCGGACUUAUGCUUAUUAUCUAUAUCUUUCUUCCCGAGUCACCUGCAUGGUGUGCCACCAAGGGUGACACUGAAAGGGGCAAGAGAGCUCUCAGACGGAUUCAUUCCGGCGUAAAUGGAUAUGACGUCGAUUAUCAGUACCAGAUUCUUUGCCUCGCCGUUGAGCACGAACAAACCAUUGCUGCUGAACAGAAUCACCAGAGUUGGACGUCUAUUUUCAAGGGGGUCAACGGUUUUCGAACGGUUGUCUCGCUUUGGACCAACAUGUCGACCCAGUUUGUCGGCCUGACGCUUUUCGGUACCUUUGGCACUUACUUUUUCCAACAAGCCGGCCUCGACAAUCCCUUUAUGAUCAAAUGUAUUGUGUCCGGUAUCAACAUUGGCACUAUUUUUGUUAUCAUAUAUUGUGCGGAUCUGAUUGGCCGCCGCUUGAUCGCCUGUUGUGCAACGACUCUCGCCUGGUUAUCUUGCGUUGCGAUAGGUAUAUUGGGGGUUUCGCCACAGGUCAAAGCAACAAACUAUAUAUUCGUUCUCUUUGCGGUACUUUGGAAUAUUGGUAUGACCGGCAACGGAGCGGCAGGAUGGGGCUUCAUUGGCGAGAUUUCGUCUCAACGCCUUCGACCGUACACAGCAGGAUUUGGUGCAGCAUCCACCUGUGUCGUAGGCGUUCUGAUGAGUACGCUGGUCCCUUACAUGGUAAAUGCCAACCAAUGGGCCUGGGGCUUCAAGACUGGCUGGUUCUAUGCCGGUGUCGGUUUGCCUUUUACAGUUGGCAUGUGGCUCCUCAUCCCGGAAACCCGAGGCCGAAGCGCUGCGGAGCUUGACGAGCUCUUCGGGCGCAGGAUUAAGCCAUGGAGGUUCCACAAGACACAGACUGCUACGCAACGAUUGGUGGAGCUUGAGCAGCACAAGUAA